AUGGCAAGAACACGUGGUGCAUCUUUUAGUUCUCGUGGAGAGAGUUCUCGAGGAGAGAGUUCGUCGCAGGGCGAAGCUCGGAGAAGAUCUACCGUUUCUGCUCGUAGAAGUCGUGCAGCUCCUAUCCAGGAUGUCCCCAUAGCUGAGGAACGAGCUGUUGAGGAACAACCAUAUGAGGCGUAUGAGACUCAUGGUGAAGAGAAUGCAUUUACGGCCCCUAACGACGAUGAUGAUGAGGAGGAGCAUGUGGAUGUUCAUGACAUACAAGAAGAUGUCGGUGGAUUUCCUGGAGGUCCACGUGAUGGUUCAUUGCUGACCCACUAUGUUCAGCAUGUAGCUUAUGCUAUUUCACAAGGCCGGGCUCGUACAACCCUUGUGCAACUACUCGGUGUUGAUGGUGGCACAGCAGGUUCUGAGAUGGAGGACGCACGUGGUCCGAAAGUCAGACUCAGCUGGCUUAGAGAGAUAUAUGUUCAGAGGUGUGAGUCGCAGCAUUGGGACUAUGCUGCUAGAGCAUAUUUGUUGAAUCUAGUAGGAUGCACAAUUUUUGCAAAUAAGAGUGCCAGUUCUAUACGCGUGUCUUACUUAUUGUUAUUUAGAGACGUACACGCGUGUGGCAGAUAUGCCUGGGGUGUUGCUGCACUCGCCUAUUUGUACGACCAGCUCGGGGAUGCGAGUCUCGCCUCCACGAAGCAGAUGGCUGGAUAUUUGACUCUAUUUCAGGAACAUUUCCCUAGUAUGGGGAGGAGGCGGUUGGUAGCUUCUUACGAUGACACCACACCACGUGCCAUGAGGUGGCAGAGCCCUAGGCAGAGUUCCACUCUUACAGAGAUUCGAUCAUAG